UCUCAAUAGACGAUCUUUGCGAGUCUCCAGCAGCCAUAAACUCGCUGUUGACAUAUGGAGGACUCCGCGGCUGCUGCGGCGCUCCGCUGUCAUUCCCCGGAACCAUCCCGCUAUUUAAAGAUGUCCGACUUUAUUUCAACGUCUUCGGUUUAGAAACGUCUAAACAGGAAGAGGUGAAACGGGAAGAGGCCAAUUUAAACCGAGGUGGUGCGUCGAUGUUUACUCGGCCGUUAAGCGGCAGUCUGACAGCGCACCAUCACUUCCAACGGUCGCAGUAACUGACAGGAAUGUCUUCGUCCGCCGUCGUGAAGAAGAAACACGUUAGAUUCGCCAGCAUGGAGGAGGACGACGACGACGACAACGACGACCAGGAGGAGGACACCUUGUUCGACAAGAGGAAGGACACCGGGCGAGGGCUGAAGAGUGCGCUGAAGGCGGUCAAGAGGGCGGCCAAGCCGGGAUGCGACGACCGUGUGGAAGUGGUCGGCGGAGGAAGGAGCGGAUACGGAGCCUGCGGCCGCUGGAUCGUCACCCUCGCGCUCUGUGCAUCUUUCCUGGGCUUGGGGAUGAGCAUCUCAGUUCUCGGCCCCACCUUCGAGGACCUGGCUGUGAAUGUGAAGAAGAACAUCAGCAACAUCUCCUACAUCUUCGUCGGCCGCUCUGCCGGAUACAUCGGAGGAUCCCUCUUAGGAGGCAUCCUGUUCGACUGCAUGAACCCACACCUCCUGCUGGGUUUUUCUAUGCUGGUCACAGCUUUUGGGAUGUGUGCUAUCCCCUUCUGUAAGCAGGCUCUGGUCCUCACCGGGCUCAUGUCCAGCAUUGGGAUGUCUAUGGGUGUUCUGGAUACAGGUGGGAAUGUGCUCAUAUUGAACACGUGGGGCGAGCAGGCGGGCCCUCACAUGCAGGCUCUGCAUUUCAGCUUUGCGGCGGGCGCCUUCGUGUCUCCGAUCAUAGCCAAGCUUCUGUUCGGGCCUGAUGGGAACAGCAGCACAGGAACCACACCCCCCAGCUCCUCGCCUCCCGCCGCCACAGAGCAAAUCACCAAAGCCGCCGACGCUCAAACAAUCAUCCGCUACGUCCACAGCCGGAGCAGCACCCUCACAUCCAUGUGGGCCUACGUCGUGAUUGGCUCUUUCGUCUUCCUCAUCUCCUUCCUCUUCUUCGUCCUCUACGCUCGCAGCAGCGUGUCACGUGACAAAGCCCGCCUGUCGUCAGGAAAGCCGCUGGUGGCCAAACAUCAUAUGGCUCUUGUCGUCCUGCUCUUCUUCUUCUUCUUCGCAUACGUAGGUGCUGAGGUGGCGUACGGCUCCUUCAUCUUCACCUUUGCCAAGGACUAUGCCCACAUGCGUCAGUGGCAGGCGGCCGGGCUGAACUCGUUGUUCUGGGCCACGUUUGCUGCCUGUCGGGGGUUGGCCAUCUUCUUCGCGGCGUGCGUGUACCCGGGCACCCUGAUCCUGCUCAGCCUGGUGGGCUCCACCCUCUCCUCUCUGCUCCUCUGCCGCUUCAGCAGGGAGAAGGCGGCCUUAUGGGUUUGCACCGGUCUCUACGGGGCGUCCAUGGCCACCACCUUCCCCAGUGGCAUCUCCUGGGUGGAGCAGUACACCACGGUGACGGGCCACACCGCCGCAGUGUUCGUGGUGGGUGCGGCGCUGGGGGAGAUGGUGCUGCCCGCCCUCGUCGGCUUCCUGCUGGGGAAGUUCCCGGAUCAACCCCUGCUGAUGUACCUGUCGCUCAUCACCGCCACCUUCACCUCCAUCCUCUUCCCGGUCAUGUACAAGCUGGCCUCCGCCCCCAGCGGUCAGGGCAGGAAACCCCGCGGCAGGAGCCAACCUGAAGCCGACGACAGUGAAUUCCGCCAGGCGCUGCUGGACUCAGGGGCCAAUGACGAAGAGGAGGAAGAGGAGGAGGAGAACGAGGCGGAUCAGUGGAACGAUGCAGACUUCGAGGUGAUUGAGAUGGACGACACAGUGAGUUUGGUGAAUUCACCCAGUAAAGCUUCCUCCCUCCCCGACGUCCCCGCUCUGACAGGAAGCUCCGCCUCCAACCUCCAGGUGACGGAGGCCGCAGGUGGAGCCACUUUCUCGGACGCCAUCUCUCUGGUCGGAGACUCCCCCAGACGCAAACUGCUGCUCUCCCUCGACAGAGAGAAGAAAGACUGAAACCUCCUCCUCCUCCUGGGACUCCUAAGUGCUGUUGAUCUCUCUCUGAACAGAAGAACCUGGAAACGUUCAUGUACAGUUCUGAUCAUUUACAGGUCAGUGAAUGCAACACUGGCUCCUGUCCCAAUCGUGCAGCUUAUACAAACAUGUUUCAGACGCCCGCUGGAAUGAAGACGGAGAAGACUGAACUCUACAGCGCACUGCAGACGGUCUUAAUGUGAAGGAUCUGUGUCGGCCCGCUGAGGUCAAAGGUCAGGGUGGGCUGUAGAGCAGAAGCCCCUCAGUGCUGGUAGGAAUUCAGUGCCUUGCUCAAAGGACGCGUGAGCGGAGUGAAUGAGUUGAACAUGGGACACUCGCCCUCGUCAUCAUCAUGUCAUCCUGCUGCCAAAAACCACGACGGAGUAUUAGAACCACACGAGGGAAAAAAGGAAAUUUUGAGAGUAAAAUAAUAAAUUUAAAGGAAAAAGUCAAAAUAUUAUGAGAAUAAAGUUUUAAUUUCAGGUGUUAGGAGUCGAUUCUACUGCCACCGACUGUCCUCUCACCUGUUUUGAUUGGUUGAUGUAAUAUUACUAAAAAUGAUUUUCGUAAAAUUCCGACUUUAUUCUGGUAAUUUUAAACGUUUUGUUUUUUCCCCUCGAUGUGGCCCCACGUCUCCGUCUUAAAACUGUAAUUAAUUUUGCACUGUUGCUGUGAAUGUGAUGACGAUAGUUGUGUAAGAUUUGAAUGAAGUGGGUUUUUUUCGUUGUACUUUUGAUAAAGAUCAGGUUUUGAUGUUUG